CUUACACUUACCUAGAGGUUGAUUAAAAUAGUUAUUGACAUAAAUAUCUACUGUCAUGACUUAAAACCUUAAUAUACAAGAAGUAAAAUGAGGAACAGAAGUAAUUCUGGCGUUCGGCUAGAUUAUUUUCAGCGUCUCGUGAACAAAACCAUCCUCAAACAUCAGCAUCCAGUAACAGGCUUAUUUCCUGCUACGGAACACAACAGUCAUGCGUGGGUUAGAGACAAUGUAUAUUCAAUCCUUGCAGUAUGGGGACUGUCCUUGGCUUACAGGAAGACUGCAGAUCUUGAUGAAGAUUUAGCUAAGGCUUAUGAGCUGGAACAGUCAGUUGUAAAGUUGAUGCGAGGUCUAAUGAGGAGUAUGAUGCUACAAAUGAAUAAACUAGAGAAGUUCAAGAUUACCCAAUCCAAGAACGAUUGUCUUCAUGCCAAGUACAGUAGUUUGACAGGCAAGCCUGUAGUUGGUGAUAACGAGUGGGGACAUUUACAGAUUGAUGCAACAUCUUUAUAUGUACUGUUCCUGGCACAGAUGACUGCUGCAGGUUUACAGAUAGUGUACACACUAGAUGAAGCAUCUUUUAUACAGAACCUUGUUUUCUACAUAGAAACUGCUUACAGAACACCAGAUUAUGGAAUCUGGGAAAGAGGUGACAAAACAAAUCAUGGUCUUCCUGAAUUAAACUCUAGCUCCAUUGGAAUGGCAAAAGCAGCAUUAGAGGCUAUUAAUGAGCUAGAUUUGUUUGGGGCUCGCGGUGGACCUGCCUCUAUUAUACAUGCCCUGCCAGAUGAGGCCCAGCAAUGUCAGGCCAUUUUACACUCCAUGCUUCCCAGGGAAUCUAGCUCUAAGGAGAUAGAUGCUGCCCUUAUAUCUGUGAUAAGUUUUCCUGCCUUUGCCGUUGACGAUAUUGAUAUUAUAAACAAAACUAGAGAACAGAUAGAAACCAAACUUAUGGGUAAAUAUGGUUGUCGAAGAUUUUUACGUGACGGUUAUAAGACAGCUAUGGAAGAUUCAAACAGACUUCAUUACGAACCUUGGGAACUUCUUGCAUUUGAGAAAAUCGAAAAUAUGUGGCCCAUGUUCUUUGCAUACUUUAUACUAGAUGGAUUGUAUAGUGGGGACGAAGAAAGAGUGUCCAAGUACAGGUCAAUGUUGGAGAGUGUAAUCUUAAAAAAUGAAGAAGGGAUACCAAUGAUGCCAGAAAUGUACGCUGUGCCAAAGGAUAAGGUUGAUCAAGAAGUUAGAAAACCUGACAGUCAGAAAAGGCAACAGAUAGGGAAACCCUUACAUAUGUGGGGACAGUCUCUAUAUAUACUGGGCAGGCUUAUUGAGGAGAAAUUUAUUUCCCCUGGAGAGUUAGAUCCUUUGAAUAGAAGACUGAUAACAGAGCCAAGACCUGAUGUUGUGGUUCAAGUUGUAAUCCUGGCAGAAGAUGUGACAAUACAAGACAAGUUAUCAGAGAAUGGUAUAUUUGUGCAGACCAUACCGGAGGUGGCACCCAUACAGGUCUACCCAGCUAGAGUACUCAGUCAAAUUUACUCUUUACUUGGUAAGAAUAAAAGGAUGGGUUUGACAGGACGACCUUCUAGUGAGAUUGGUCUCCUAGCAACCAGUAAACUAUAUAUCCUACAAGACCAGAUCCUAGCUUUUAUACCACAGUUUUUGGACCAUCAGCAAUUUUACACGUCACUAGAUGCCACUUUUAUGGUUGACAUUCUUCGUUCGGAAGUUUCCUAUAUAAAAAAUUGCUGGAAGGGCAUGGGGCGACCUUUAAUGGCCAUUAGUAUUUCCUCCGACCUCUUUGAUCAAUAUGGAGAACCCCCAAGCUCUCUGAUUGGUACCCUGAAGAAGUUACAAAGUGGUUAUAUAGCUGGUACCCGUGUUCACCUAGGACUGUUGUCAGAUUUCAUCUCAACUUCCUGUGUAACCAAACUAAGUUUUGUGAGGGAUUUUGACCAGUCUAAUGAAAUUGACACACAGCUGAUGAAGUUGUUGAGUGAUGUAUUAAAGAGGUCAUCACCGCGACAAAGAUUACUCAGUUUCGGCAAGAAGGCAAGCCGUUCAUACAGACAUAGUUCCGUUAGGGGAAUCGUACGACGGUCAAGGUCUAUAAAUGUAGAUGCUGUUGACGUUCAAGCUAUACAUGCUCAGUUAAGGCAACGUGGGAUUCACAUUGCCCCGUCUCCAACAAGUCCAGAAAAAAUAAAGCAUUCCAAACGGAUGGCAGUGAUCUUUGGGCAAGACCGCCCAUUACCUGGCUCAGAACACCCAGAAGAAUCCUCCCACCAUCAUUUAAAAGAUGCAUCACCCUGGGCGUCUCCUGCACCUAGUCCGGUGCCGAGCCCGAAAGCAAGCCCACAGGGUUCCCCCAAGUUACAGAGAAAGAAAUGGGCAUUCAGUGAAAAACAUGCUUUUACACAGGAAAACAACUAUGAGAGUGUGAAUGCCCAUGAGUUAGUGGAGCAGCUGGCACAGUCAGAAAAUCUCCAGGAACAGGCUGAUAUUAUUCAUUAUCUGUACAUGAAAAAAGGUACAGAUUGGGAUACAGAAGUUGAUGGGAAAUAUUGUACAGUAGGAGAACUGUUAUUGGAACUGUAUGAAAAGGCCGGACAUUUCAAGCAAUGGUGGCUAGUGAGGCACGCAGCUGGUAUGUUAAAGAAACGGGUUGAAGACCUGGCCCUAGCAGCCACUGAUUUACUUGUGCGUCAGAAACAGCUCUCUGUUGGGCUACCCCCUGAUAGCGAGAAAACUAUUACCAGUCCAUUACCACCAGAUGAGCUUGCCACCAUUAUAUACAGUGUAUGUGGGGAAGAUCUCAGCACAGCUUCUCUUACUCAGGAGCUGUUGAUAUACUUAGCCAUGUUUAUCAGAACAGAGCCAAAACUUUUCAAUGAAAUGUUACGAUUAAGAGUUGGUCUAAUCAUACAAGUGAUGGCUACAGAGUUGGCGCGUCUCUUUAAAUGUACAGGAGAAGAGGCCAGUGAUCAUCUUCUGAACCUGAGCCCAUAUGAACUUAAAAUGAUGUUACAUCAUAUAUUGAGUGGCAAAGAGUUCAUGAUUACUACAGGGGAGGAUGUAGACAGAGAAACCAUUUUGGAAUUAUUAACAACGGAUUACGAUGAUGAAUACAAGCUGUCAGUCGUCACGAAACACGCGAAAAAAGAGACGUCUGCAUUUGCGGAGAGACUGAGUAAAACGUCGACCCCCUCCAAGGUACCAGGUGUGAGCUUCACACCUCCCGGAACAACCUCCAGAAAGAGUGACAUGUUUGAGUCAGAAAUGGAGGACAGACAAGGUCAGUGGCUACGAAGAAGGCGCCUUGAUGGCGCACUAAAUAGAGUACCUGUUGGUUUCUAUACUCAAGUCUGGAAAGUAUUAGAAAAGUGUCAUGGUUUGAGUAUUGGAAAUCAUUUCUUGCCACACAGUCUUACAAGAGAAAUGACAUCAGGGGAGUUCAAGUUUGCGUUACAAGUGGAGCGCGUGUUAAACAUGAUACCACAGCCAGAGUUCCGACAGAUGAUGGUAGAGGCGUUGAUGGUUACCACGAUGUUGGUGGACGGAGACUGUCGUAUCAACCUGAGUGGUCAAGUCAUACAUAUUGAUAAAAUUGUAUUUAAUGCAAAUGAUAUAUUCAUUCAAGAACAGAAAAUCUCACCGGAAGUUGUAGCCUCUUCACAGGGAGCUGCGGGUAUAUGUCAGCAUUUAUUUGAUACAGCCCCUAGUGGGAGAUAUGGUACAAUGUCAUAUAUGGCACGAGGACUUGCAAUGGCAUUAAAUCUCGAUCAGCAUCAGAAUCUGGAGUGCAGUAUAAGCUGAGAGUUCCCCACGCAGCUUUCUGAGAGGACUUUUAU